AUGAUCUCCUCUCCUCCUGCCUCACCAGAGGCGGCGCGUCAAGGACGGGCGCAGAGCAUGUAUUCCGCGCCCUCACCAGAUCCCGUCCAGAAGCAGCGACCACAAAGCAUGCUUGGUCGACCACCGCCUCGGAGCAACAGUCGGAUGAGCCAAACUAGCAACCAUAUUGGUAGUAGAGCCUCUGACGAAGAUGGCAAGACUUCGGUCAAAGUCGCUGUUCGAGUACGACCACCUCUAGGCCCCACGGAUCCCGGCUUCGACCUCAUUCCGCAACGAUUUCAGCGUUCAAUGGUGCAGGUGAACACAGAUACCAGCCUUGCAGUCGACUCGCCUCAAGGACGAAAGAUCUUUAUCUUCGACCGCGUUUUUGGUGAAGACACAACGCAGAUAGGAGUAUGGGAUUACCUACAGGACAGUGUGGAAUCUUUCUUGCAGGGUUACAACGUCUCGAUACUCGCCUACGGCCAGUCUGGUUCGGGAAAGAGCUACACAAUGGGCACAUCAGGACCGACAGAGCAGUUUGACCCUGCGCUGAAAGGUGUGAUUCCUCGCGCUGCGCAGCACUUGUUCGACAGUCUGAAUGGCGUUGCUGCACAUAAUAGACAUAAUUCCGGGCUAAAAUCACCAACGCGCUACUCGGUGACGAGUCUCAACCAGGUCAUGCAAAAUUCCAGAAGCCUCGUAGACAAGGGUUGGGAGAUGUCGGUAACCUAUGUCGAAAUCUACAAUGAGCAACCGAGGGACUUGUUACUACCGGAGGAUGGCCCAUUUACCGAGAGAGCGAACGUCCAGAUCCGCGAAGAUCCUCGUGGCCGAAUCUUUGUCGAAGGUCUCAAUUCCGUGCGCGUUUCUUCGUUCGAGGAACUGAUGCGUGUCUUAAAUCAUGGUUCCACCAUCCGACAGACUGAUGCGACCGCUAUCAACGCACGGUCCUCUCGCUCUCAUGCUGUAUUCACCGUCAAUCUGCGUCAGACCAGGACACAAGGUUUUCCAUCCGCCAAAGAUAAGCGAUCGACUGUUCAGGGCGACCAUGGCUCAGGACACGAUUCACCCAUGACUGUGGAAAGCAAACUUCAUUUUGUCGACCUGGCAGGCAGUGAACGACUCAAAAACACUGGUGCUACUGGUGACCGAGCAAGAGAAGGAAUCUCCAUCAAUGCGGGAUUGGCCAGUCUGGGCAAGGUCAUAUCGCAACUGUCAUCGAGGAACCCCGGGACGUUCGUGUCGUACCGAGAUUCCAAAUUAACGCGAAUGCUACAGGAUUCGCUGGGUGGCAAUGCAAUCACAUAUAUGAUUGCAUGCGUGACACCAGCCGAAUUUCAUCUUAGUGAGACCCUCAAUACUGUGCAAUAUGCUCAGCGAGCUCGGAACAUUCAAAGCAAGCCGAAGAUUCAACAGAUCGAUGAUGGCGCCGACAAACAAGCCAUAAUCGAACGUCUACGAACCGAAAUUGCUUUCCUGAGACAACAAAUUCGCAGUGCGGAAGGAGGAGACCGUCGGCCUGGUAUGACUUCUGAACGCGGAGAGAGACUUCACGAACGGGAAGAUGAACUACAAAAUCAAAUGCUCGAUAUCCAGGAAAGCUAUACAGCUCUCAGCCAAAGACAUGCGAAACUCAUUUCGGAAUUGACCAAGAGUAACGACACUCAUGACCAAGUCGGAGCGAUUGCGGGAGAAAGUGCUGUGGAUCGUUUGAAACGUUCCCAGGCGAACCAAGAAAUGAUCGAGCAAGUCGUGAUGGAGUACGAGAAGACGAUUCAAAGCCUCGAGACGAAUCUUUCGACCACCCGCUCAUCACUUUCUAACACUGAGAGCAAUUUGCUUGAGAAGGAGACCAAAUGCGCAUAUAUCGAAACAAUGAAUCAGCAGCUGAAUUCGCGGGUGCAGAAAAUGAUGGACCGAGAAUCAAACACCGAACAGUAUCUCAAUGAGUUGGAGGCCAAACUCGACAAUCAAGGUACCGGUAGCGAGAGGAAUGAUGCAGUCAUCGCAGAAUUGCGCAAAGAGAUUUCCCGAAUACGAGAGAGUGAAACAAACGCCGAAGACUACAUCUGCACUCUCGAGGAACGACUGGCUGAAGCAGAUCAAGAUAUGGAAAUUAUGCAGCGCCAAAUCGAAAAACUUGAACAUCUGGUUGAGCGACAGAGAAGUUUCGGCAAGCUCGACAACUUGCUCUAUGAGCUGGACCACAACCAAGGCAAAGAUUCAAACGCGAGGUUAUCGAAAAGAACCCAUCCUGAUGCGCAGCAGACCACCGACAAUCAACAGCAGCAAGACUUGAAAACGGCAGAGGAGGUCGAACUCCCAGCCCAGAAAGAGGGCGAGCUGAAUGAAAUGUCGGAGGAAUCGUUGGCUCAGGUCAACCCAGAGUCCGACGAGGCAGGUCUCGAAAAGCUACAGAGGUCGGUGGCACAAGAACAACUCCUCAAUGUGGUGGAUCAAAAGGAUGAAGCUCUUCCAAGCCCUGCCCAAUCGAGGUUCGUCAACGAGAAGUUCGAGGCAGUCAGCCAAGAACUGUUUGACCUUCGUCUCGAACAUGAAUCGACGGUCAACGAGCUGGAUCUUCUUUCUGCAAAGUAUCGAGAGGCACUUCGAACUCUGGCUGAAAUGCAAGAAUCAAUCGAUGAAGAGCGUCAAAACGCGAUGGCGCCACAAGAGCUGGCGGUAUCCCGGAACCAGUCUUUUUUAGGCGAAAGCACACUGCAAGAGGGGUUGGAUGGACAGGAAUUGCCCUCGUCACGAUCACUCUCCUCGGAAUUAUCUUUGGCUGGGGAGUCCUCUACCUCGACAGAUACCGAUAUUACGCCGGUCUCUAAGAAGUCGCCCUCCGUGGAAGUUGCUUCACAGGAGAUUGAGCGAUUACAGAACCUUCUUGCAGACCAUGAGAAGAACAUGCAUGAAGUUACUGGGCAAUACACUCAAUUACAGGCAGAUCACAAGGACGCCUUGACGACCGUUGACCGCCUCAAGUCACAAGUUCAGCGAAGCAGGCCUGGUUCGCCUGGAACGCCCGGGAUGCUUAGGCGCAUGACUUCGCAGAUGGGUACAGGGCCCGAUCGAGGACAGCGAUCGGUGACUGCUUUGAGAUCGCUUCUUGCAGAGGAGUUUGAAAAGACACCUGACCGCAUGGAGGGCAUUGAAGUCCAUCUCUCUGCCGCUGCCAAUGAGCUGCAAGCACGUUUUGAGCGUAUUCAGGGUCUUGAAGCUGAAGUAAAGACGACAAAGAAAGAGAUGGAUCUCAAAUCUACCAUUAUUUCUGGGUUGACUAGAGAAAGAACAAGUAUCAAAGCUGGUUCUCCGGUGGAUCUCAAUAUGGUAUCUCAGUUGAGAGAUCAAAUCAUUCAGAAGGAGACCGAACUCAAGUCGUUGCACGAAGGAUAUGCUCAUCGGGAACAACGCUUGCAGGAGGAGUUCCAGACGCUUAGGAGCGCACAGACGAACGGACACAUCACCCCUGGGCCAGCCGAAACUACAGCAGAUGUCGAGUCUCUGAAUGAACAAAUAUCGCAACUACAGUCGAGACUGGAUACUGCCCAAAGAGUGGCUGAUGAGUCCCAGAGAAAUCAUGAUCGAAGCAAAGCGGAGCUUGAGGCAGCAUUGGCAAGUGUGGCCACAUUGAAGGCUCAACAAGCUUCUGGCGCAGACGACGCGGCAUCCGAUCGUGCCGUCACCGCAAUGCAGGUCGAGCGUGACAAUUAUCAACAAUUGAUCAACGACCUCAAACGAGAAGUGGAGAAGCGGCGGGGAGUCAAUGACGAGCAGUCUGCCAGACAUUCCGAACUCGAACGAUUACAUUCGUCACUCAGCAAGGAAGUCGAGGCCCGUGCAGAGCUCGUCAACUCUCAGCAAGCAGAGAUAUCGUCUCUCAAGGAGGCAAUUGCACAGCUCCAAGACAAGGUCAAGAAAGCAGAGUCUGAUGUGCUAUUCCAUAAGCAUGGCCUGAAGUCGCUCCACGACAGCCAUGCCAACGAGAUUGAGGAAAUCAAACUUGCCCACGCUGGCAAUAUGGCUGGGUAUGACGAUCAGGUUGCUGAGAUGACCGCGAAGCAUGAGAACCUCGUAUCUACCUAUAAAGCAGAACUCGAGCAGGCUUUGUCGACGAUAGACGAACUUGUUGCGCAUGUGCAAAUGGCUCUUGGCCAUCCUACAAGUGCUGAUAUGCUUGCCCGCCAUAUACAAGAUCUGGCGGACGAAAAGCGUGCCAUUGCACAAGCCAAUGUACGGUUGACUGGGAUUAAUGCCGAGCUCGAGCGCCAGCUUGAUUCAAAGCAAGGCCUGGUUGAACUUGAGGAAGAGCUCGCCAAAGCAAACACGAAACUCAGCGAUUACCAAGGAACGAUUCGCAGCCUUGCAAACGAGGUUGGGAACCAUGAAGAGACUAUCCGGGAAAAGAAUGCUUUGCUCAAGAAAGCCGAAUCCACCAUUCAGGCUAUUGAAUCCGAAAAGACCAAGAAGUUGGUCAUGAUCGAAGAGCUUGAACAACAACUGCAAAACAGCUUCGAGCAGCAUAACAACCGGGUCUCUGUCAUCCAGGCCCAGCGUGAUCAAGCUUUGAUUGAAGCUCAACACCGCAUCUCGUCGCUAGAAAAGGACCUGGAUCACCGACGAUCAAUCAACGAGGGAGGAUCGGAUAGUGGCUCUCGAAGCAACACCAUGAAAUCUCAACAUCGUCCUCAAUCUCCAGCUGUCGAUGGCCAACCACGGACCAACUCAAUGUCUUCGAAUCUGCGCAAAUCUGCAUCAAUCGCUUCAUUACCGUCGCCUCCACCAGCCAUUCCGCUACCUCCUCUUCCCAGCCUGGCGAGUGGAAUGCAGCUGAAUCCAUCACCGCCACAAUCUCGCCAUGCUUCCAAGGAAGUCACACUACCCGUCACGCCCGUCUCAGGCACAGCCGUUUCGUCGAUUUCCCAAAAUGUGCCUCGACAUUCAGCUCUGAUUGAAGAACAAGAAGCACGCUUGCGCACGGUCGAAAAGCAUCUGCACGCCGAGAAGCAGUUGACUGCCACGCUCGAGGAGGCCCUGGUCGACCUCGAGACACAAUCAAACAAAUUGCGAGCCGACGCUGAUGGUUGGAAGAAAAAGGCCUGGGCCAUGGAAGAGGAAUUGGCUAUCUCCAAGAAGGAGCGCAGAUCUGAAAGACUUAGCGUUCAAGCUGUGGAAGAGGAAGUCAAGAAGAGACGCGAAGCCGAGGCUGCGCGGGCACAACUGGAGGAGAGAAUGAGGUUGUUGACCGUGGGCAAAGAUGGCAAGACGAGGAAACGAAAGGGAAGCUCGUUGAAUUGUUUCUAA